AUGAACCAUGAACCAAUAAACCCUCAAAAUGCUAAUGAUACCCUUCAAGGCGUUCCAAAUACGUCGGAGGGUACCAUCUCCACGCAGGAUCCAAGUGAGAUCACUGUACCUUUCCAAGUGGAAGGGAAUUUGGAUAUCUCCUGGCCCAGUCCGUGUCCAGAUUUUAGCAGUCUUCUUUAUUCGCCAAUUUCAAUUAUACAUGAUAUUGUUCUCGACGAUUCUCUGAUUCUCAGCGGAGAUGAAUACCAGGCUUUGCGCCACUACCAAGAUAGAUUCAUAUCAGACCGUCUCCUCAAGACUCCUCAAUGGUCUAUGUUCGGCUGUAUUCUGCAGUCCAUCUGCCACAUACCCAUGGCCAUGCAUCUCCUGAUUGCAGCAUCUUCUAUGGACCUGAAUCGACGAUCCCCUACCCCAGCUAUCCGUCUAGGUGUAACCAGAGCCCACUUCCGCAAAGGCUCAGAAAUGCUCAUACAGCUCAUGAACGUCGACGCCGAACCACAUCAUUUCAGCACUCUGAGCUCGUGGUUUUUUCUAUACUUGUGUAUGGGUCGUCGUGACAUCCUUGACAAAAAGGCUGUUGACCAGCUCAGUCAAGCGAUUCUAAGGUACAUACAACAAUACGAUUUAGACAGCCUGAGUACAAAUAUCAAGUCAGAACAAAGCCUCCUUUCCUCUACCUGGCACGACUCAUCUCAAUCAACCGAACCAGGCCUGAUUGGACGGUUACUGCUCUUCUUAGCAUCGGAAGACAUCGAGAUGGGAUUCGAAGGAUGCGGUGGCCAUGUCGCGAAUCACCUAUUUGGUAGUGACGAUCUACAUUGGCGAAUAUUCUCCCAACAACGGUACAUAUUGGAGCAGCAUUGGGGGGAAUCAUAUCCCGAAUACGAAGCCGUGCAUGAUAUUCAAGUGACAACAGUAAUAGAGUUGGGAAAUAAAGUCGGCAUGAUCUUCCAAAAGCUGAACAAGCUCAGUAAAAGAGCCGUGGAGGAGUUAAUACCGCGUGACCUUGACAUCGAAGACAGGAUCUUGCGAACAGAAACGGUACUGUCCUUCACAUCUAAUAGCAGCCUUUGCCUGCAGUUGAUUGGAGCUGACAAUCACACUAACAUGCUCUACAUAGCAAUAUUGUUCCAUCAUACGAAUGACACGAUCUUCAACGACGCCGAGAUCUACUUUCCUCCGAACUGCCGAUGUCGCCGUGACCAACUUUUACUUCGUAAAACUCUACUAUUUCCGUCUCACUCUGGGCGAUUUUUCCCAACCAACUCCGCCCCACAUCAUAUCCGUCAUGACUGA